AUGUCCGCCGCCAAGCUCCUCCACCUCCUCGCGGUACAGAGCGCAACCGCCACCGCCGGCGCGCCAGCGCAGACCCCCUUCUCCUUCUCCUCCUCCUCCUCCGCUACUUCCGAGGCCGCCCCGCUCGCGGGCUCGACGGCCUUUGUGACGGUCGCGACGCGCACCGUGACGCCCAGCCUCACGACGUCCUUCACGACCGUCACGGCGCCGGCGCCGACGGGCCUCAGGCCCACCGUGGUGCCGCCGACCGAGGCGCAAAAGGCCAUGGCCCGGCGGCCCACGAUGAAGCAGUGCGUCGACGACUGGGGCCUGUGCCGGGGCGCGUGUCUGAUCGGCAUCAUCUUUACCCUUGGCAUCUCGUGCCUUAUAUGCGUGCGUGUCAAGCAUUGCGCCAAGAUGAUCAAUGGGGAAAAGCCCGAGAACGGCCUCAACCAGGGCAUUUGGAUAAAGAUGCAGCCUGGACACGAAUUGGCCGAGGAGCCCUCGGAGGAGACGAGAUUUGCAGAAGCUGGAGAGCAGGAGGGUCGGGAAAAGGUGGGAAUUUCGGUUUAAUGGAUGGCACAGAAGACUGAGAAGAG